CCUUCAGGACCAUGGAUGUGGGAGGCUUCUAGUGUGGAAAAGGAUAGGGAUGAGCCUACUUAGACACCAGCACCCCCAGAAAUCGGGGCUGUCUCCAAAGUUAGGGUCAUUCCAUCUAAGGACUAGGGUGGUGUUCUGGGACGGGGAAAUGACUGCAAAGCCAAAACAGGCCUUUGGAGAGUUCAGUUGUGCCCAGAGGACCAACAGGUUGUAAAUGGGAUGUUCACUCCAAGGUCUCUGGAUGGUGGGACAGAAAAGUCACCCAUAGCCUCCCUUUCAUCAGAAACAGCCUCCUGGGCCCAGUCAUGCACCAAACACGGAGCACAGGAAGGAAGCCACCCAUCCCAUUCUGACCACUGAACUCUUAAAAGUCCCUGGUUUCUGGGCAGCUCUUUUUCCUCCUCUCCACAGCACUGGCUCUUUGCAGAACCUGUGGCCUCUUGGCUCCCUGUCCUUGUCCUCCUUCCAGUCCUUCCCCAUCAGGCUGCACAGAGGUGGACGCUGCAGGGAGAAAGAUAGUUCCCUGCUCUUGCAUGGGGGCUCCCACUGGUUCUGCAUGAAAUAGAGAACAGAAUGGAGGAAGAAGAGAUCAAAACUGUGGUCCAGAAGGAUCUUACUUGCUGAUGGCUAGUUCCCAGGGUUCUGUUUCCGCAGCUGGUCUUCUCCCCCUGCACAUGACCCUUCUUACUCUCUGGCCUGUUGCUGCUCUAGGCCUUGAUCCAAGCCCAGACUGCAGCAUUCACAAAACAGCAGCAGCUCUCAGGAGGGGGGCAGAUUUCUGACAGUGGGGAAGAUGACAGAGGCAGGGAAGUGGUAGGUUUGGACGUGGGUAUGGACAAGGAAAAGGACACAGUCUCUUCAUCCAGGAAUGAUGAUCUCUCUCACACACAGAUGUAGAUCUCUAAUAACAACUACACUACAGGACAGCCAAUGCUGAGCUCCUCUGGCCAAGCUCUAGACCCUAGAAUUUUGUCUCUUAAGAGAUUCGCUAAGUGAAAAUUUCCAUCUACUUUGUAAAGUUGUGCCAUUGUUCCAUCACCUUUCUGACCCUGCAUUUCUUCCUGGGGGUUCCGCAGUGUCCAAAACAGUGAGUAAUCCACAUAAGUACUUCAGAACAGAGGGCUGAGAACAAAGGCAAACAUCAGAAGGCCAGCACUCCAAUGGCACAAGAGCUCCACACCACGUGCCAGACCAACUUAAGAGUGCCACUUGCUCUGCGCACCAGUGAGGGAACUGGGUUUACAGAUGCAGCUAGGGAAGUUGUCAUAGGAUCCCUCUGUCUGAAGAAAAUCCUACAGGAACACAAAGUCUGUGGCCCAUGCACAAUCAGGUGGGGCUUGUGAGGAGCUGGGGUCUCUGCUCUCAAGCAGAGUAGAUUGCGUUCCAGUUCCAAUCCCAAUGACAUCACUUACUCAGUGCUCCUGGUCUCCUUCCUUGACUUGGAGGCAUUUUCUGUGCUUAGGGAAAGGUGCUAAUUGUGUGGAGGGCAGAUGUAAGGUGGCAGAGAACAAGGAGAUAGGUGUGUAGAAGGAAAUAAGAGGAAAGUGUACUGACUUCUACCCACAGUCAUGCCCGCACCAAACACUGCAAAAUCAGUUUCUUUUUUUGGCUUCCAUCAGAUACUCAUCCAUUUCUAUUGGGCCUCCAUGUUCUGACCCAUGUCCACCUCUCAGAAAUAUUACUUAACUAAAGUAACUGUUCCUGUUUACAUAGGCUUCUUAGCCUCUACCUUUGGAAGCCAUUAGCUUGGCAGCCAAAGGGUUCUGUGGUUAACUCAUAAAGCCCCACACCCCUCCCUCCAGAGCCUGGUAAUCUCUCACCCAUUGUUCUCUCUUCAUCCUGGACCCCUGAGCAUCAUGGCAACAUCCUGCCUCCUCACCUCUCACCCCAUCCCAUUGUUGCCUGUCUCCCACUCUAGUCCACUGCAGUCAUUUCAGUUACUCUGCCUCUGCCCCGCUGCCUGAAGAGCUCAUGUGAAGCCUCUCUGACUUAGUAUGUAUGAUUUUAGUAUGUGAACACAAACAACUUGUGUGACUGAACAUCAUUUUGUUUGCAAGACACCAACACCUGAACUGGUCAGGCUGUGUGCCCAGUGCUAAGAAGAACAAGAACCAUAUGGCCCAACGGACCACACUCUACAGACCAAGUGUAAAGCAUGCUGGGAUAAUGAACUAAUUCAAUUUUGUACCCAGUGACAAAGGAUCUGAAGAGUUGACCAAAGAGCAAGGCUAUUUGUGGUAAAGGUUAUCUUGGAGCAGUUUGAGAGUUCAGAAGGGACUCAACCAGGUCCCAGAAACAUUCGGGGUGAUUUGAUGGAAGAACCUGCUUUCAUGGUGCCCACACGCUGCAGUUCCUGAACCUCCCUUUUGGGGGUUGCGGGGUGGGGGGGGAUUUGAAUGCUGAGUGACAGACAGACUGUUAAUGCUACAUUACAGACCAGACUCAGAAAGGCGAAGAGUCAGCCAGACCGGGCAGUACCACGGGCCAGUCCUUCUCAAAGGCCUCUUCUAACCCAGGCGAGCCAAGUAGCACACAGGGCUCAGCUCUGGUGCCCAACAUUGCACUACCACAAAAUUGCUGGGAAAACUCAGCUAACUAGAACGGAGCGCCGGCUCAAUCCACUGUCUCUGAACGACUCACCCCUCAGGGUCAUCAUGCCACGCUACCGCAGUACGACACGCCAGCCGCGGGUGGGGCACCGGAGCGGGCGCGGGGCGGGGCACUGCGGGCGAGCGAGCAGGCGCUGGGGCUCGAGGAAGUCCCGGCCCCUCUCUUUGGGGAAGUACCGCGGAGGCGCCUGCGCACUGCGCCUGCGCCCCCUCCCCGGCGACCAGCGGGACUUCGGAGCGCGCGGGUGGCGUGACUCGGGGACGCGGCGCACACAGGGCCAGAAGAGGCAGACAGGCCUCCCUCGAUGUCCAGCCAUGAUGCAGCCCCCUCAGGACCUCCCAGUCGAAAUCCCUGCUGCUUGUGCUGGUGCUGCUGCUGUAGCUGUUCCUGGAACCAAGAACGGCAACGAGCUUGGCAGGUUUCCCGGGAAAGCAAGCUGCAACCCCUCCCCAGCUGUGAAGUCUGCACUCCACCAAGCCCUGAGGAAGUACAGAGCUGGGCACAGUCCUUUGACAAGUUGAUGCAUAGCCCCACGGGCCGCAGUGUAUUCCGGGCAUUCCUGCGCACAGAAUACAGUGAGGAGAACAUGCUCUUCUGGCUGGCUUGUGAGGAGUUGAAAACAGAGGCUGACCGACAUGUGGUGGAUGAGAAGGCGCGACUUAUCUAUGAGGACUACGUGUCCAUCCUGUCCCCCAAGGAGGUGGGCCAGAUGCAGGGAUGAGUGGGGGUGACCUGGGAAGGCACUGCCCCUCCCCCUGACCUUGGUGCCUGCCACACAGGUCAGCCUGGACUCCCGUGUUCGAGAAGGCAUCAAUAGGAAGAUGCAAGAACCAUCACCACACACAUUCGACGACGCACAGCUGCAGAUCUACACCCUCAUGCACCGGGACUCCUACCCUCGCUUCCUCACCUCCCCCACCUACCGCUCUCUGUUACUCCAGGGGGCCCCACAGUCCUCUGAGGCCUAGGUCAUUUGUCACACAGAUGUUCUCCCAUGGGCAGCCUAGGGGUGGCCCUGCUCCACUUGGCUGAAAUAGACUGCAAUGCCAUGUUCUGCUCUGUCCUAGCCUGCUCCUACUGGGGGUUCUCCUACAUGGUGCCUCAGACCACCACCCUCCAGUCGUGUGCCCAGGAGAUGUUCUCAUGGAGAACAUCCUGUAUAGCAACAAGUUUGUAGCAGGAGAACGUUAAUUCCUCAGAAGCAGAUAUAGAACCUCAGAGUCAGACUCAAAUGAAGAGCCCAUUUAUAUUUUAUAUAUUAACUUUAAAGUUGUCCAUACUGUAUGUUUUAUCAAAAGAAAAAAAGAGACCUUUCACAUUUGUGUGUAUUCCUCUACAUGCCAAAAACAUGAUAUAGUAUUCUGUGUAUUUUAAAAACAGAAGCCUCUGUUUAUCCCACAGUUGGAGGAGGAGGAGGUUGGAGAAAAGGACUAUCUAUCCAGAUUCUACCUUGUGUGCUGUCCCAUAGCAUUGGCCUUAGUAGGUGACUAUUGUGGGCCCUGUCCAGGGUCUGGCUCUAGAAACUGGCCUCAACUCUACAGUGGUCAGCACCCAACAAAGGCUUGAGAUGCAACUGGAGAUGAUGUAAAACCUAAAACCCUUGUGUACUUGAUGAAAUGCCUUUCCAGAGGCUGGUGGGGACAAAGCGGAUGGUAUGGUCUUUCCAAAGAAGCUAGGCACAGCAUCUUAAUCUUACCGGUCCAAUAAAGCAACACACUCGCUA